GCGGGGCGGCGCGGCCGGGCCGGCGGCGCGGGAAGAUGGCGGCCGGGAUCCGAGAGAAGCAGACAGUGGCUUUGAAACGUAUGCUGAACUUCAAUGUUCCUCCAGUUAAAAACAGCACAGGAGAACCAGUAUGGAAGGUUCUCAUUUAUGACAGAUUUGGCCAAGAUAUCAUCUCACCUUUGCUGUCAGUGAAAGAGCUGAGGGAUAUGGGGAUCACUUUGCAUCUGCUUUUACAUUCAGAUCGGGAUGCUAUUCCUGAUGUUCCAGCUGUUUACUUUGUAAUGCCAACAGAAGAAAAUAUUGACAGAAUGUGCCAGGAUCUUCGAAACCAGCUUUAUGAGUCUUACUAUUUAAACUUCAUUUCUGCCAUUUCAAGAAGUAAACUGGAAGAUAUUGCAAAUGCUGCUAUAGGUGCUAAUGCAGUAACUCAAGUGGCUAAAGUGUUUGAUCAAUAUCUUAAUUUUAUUACUUUAGAAGAUGAUAUGUUUGUAUUGUGUAACCAAAACAAAGAACUUGUUUCAUACCGUGCCAUUAACCGACCAGAUAUAACAGACACAGAAAUGGAAACUAUAAUGGACACUAUUGUUGAUAGUCUCUUCUGUUUUUUUGUUACACUUGGCGCUAUACCUAUAAUCAGAUGCUCAAGAGGAACUGCAGCUGAAAUGGUGGCAGUGAAACUGGAUAAGAAGCUCAGAGAGAAUCUAAGAGAUGCCAGAAACAGUCUUUUUACAGGUGAUACACUUGGAGCUGGCCAAUUCAGCUUCCAAAGGCCCUUAUUAGUCCUUGUUGACAGAAACAUAGAUUUAGCAACUCCUCUACAUCAUACUUGGACAUACCAAGCUUUAGUGCAUGAUGUUCUGGAUUUCCAUUUGAAUAGAGUUAACUUGGAAGAAUCAGCAGGAACAGAAAGCACUCCAGCAGGUGCAAGACCUAAGAAAAAAAAUAAGAAGUCCUAUGAUUUAACUACAUCUGAUAAAUUCUGGCAAAAGCAUAAGGGCAGUCCUUUUCCAGAGGUGGCCGAGUCUGUUCAGCAAGAACUGGAAUCUUACAGAGCCCAAGAAGAUGAAGUCAAAAGACUUAAAAGUAUCAUGGGCAUUGAAGGGGAGGAUGAAGGAGCAAUAAGUAUGCUUUCAGAUAAUACAGCUAAGCUAACUUCAGCUGUCAGCUCUCUUCCAGAACUUCUGGAAAAGAAGAGGCUCAUUGAUCUUCAUACAAAUGUUGCAACAGCCGUUUUGGAGCACAUAAAGAGUCGAAAGCUGGAUGUGUAUUUUGAAUAUGAGGAAAAAAUAAUGAGCAAAUCCACUCUGGAUAAAUCUCUUCUGGACAUGAUUUCUGACCCAGAUGCAGGAACUCCUGAAGACAAAAUGCGAUUAUUUCUCAUCUAUUACAUAAGCUCAACUCAGGCACCUUCAGAGAUUGACUUGGAGCAGUAUAAAAAAGCAUUGAUGGAUGCAGGUUGUAAUCUCACUCCUUUGAACUACAUAAAACAAUGGAAAGCUUUCACUAAGAUGGCUUCAGCUCCAACCAGCUAUGGAAACGCUACACCUAAACCUUUGGGUCUGUUUUCACGUGUUAUGAAUACAGGAUCACAGUUUGUAAUGGAAGGAGUGAAGAACUUGGUACUGAAGCAACAAAAUCUGCCAGUCACACGUAUUUUGGACAACCUUAUGGAGAUGAAGUCAAACCCUGAGACAGAUGACUAUCGGUACUUUGACCCCAAGAUGCUGCGAGGCAGUGACAGUUCAGUUCCAAGAAAUAAAAAUCCAUUCCAGGAGGCCAUAGUGUUUGUAGUUGGAGGAGGCAACUAUAUUGAAUAUCAAAAUCUUAUUGACUACAUAAAGGGUAAACAAGGCAAACAUGUCCUGUAUGGCUGCAGUGAACUUUUUAAUGCCACACAGUUUAUAAAACAGCUGUCCCAACUUGGCCAGAAAUAAAACUGAAACACCGUUACCUGGAUGGAAAUGUGACAACAGAGAAUUGUUACAACAUUCAGAUGUCUUCAUAUCUUUAUUUUUGUCAUUAUAAUAAAACUUUAACCCAUUUCAUUAAUAUUAUAACUUUUAAAAAAAAUCUGUAAUUAAUACGGUGUAUAUCAGCAUUUCAGAAAUAAAACUUAAAACCUA